AUGCCUGGCAAGACUACCGCUGCCCCGCGCAUCACCAAGUUCACCAACUGCCGUCUGGUGCGCGGCUCUAGUCUAGUAGAGCAAGAUCUCUGGAUCGACUCUCUGACUGGAAAGAUCCUCAAGGACCAGGAAGCCUUCUAUGAAUUGCACCUGUCUCCCGAUGAGAUCAUUGAUCUCGGUGGCCGCAUCUUGGCCCCCGGCCUGAUCGAUGUUCAGCUGAAUGGUGCGCAGGGUUUCGACUUCUCCGUGCCCUGUGAUACCAAAGAGGAAUACGAUGAGGGUCUGCGCAUGGUCAACCGUGGCCUGGCUCGCACCGGUGUCACUUCCUACCUGCCCACCCUGGUCAGUUCGACUGCCGAAGUCUACCACAAGGUGCUUCCUUCCCUCGGCCCCAAGGGCGCCAACCACCUCGCACAAGAUGGCGCCGAGUCUCUCGGAGCUCACGCCGAGGGUCCCUUCAUCAGCCCUGGCCGCAACGGUAUUCACAAGUCCGAGGUGCUGCAAUCCGCCCAGACCUUUGACGACCUGUACUCUAUCUAUGGCGCCGACAACCUGGGUCCCGACAGCCCCAUCAAAAUGAUCACUGCUGCCCCAGAGGUGGGCAACAUGAUGGCCCAGAUCCCCGAGAUCGCUAAGCGCGGCAUCAUCUACUCUAUCGGCCAUUCGGACGCCACCUAUGAGCAAGCCGUCUCAGCGACCCACCAGGGCGCGCGCAUGAUUACCCACUUGUUCAACGCCAUGCGUCCCUUCUACCACCGCAACCCCGGCGUGUUCGGUCUGCUCGGCCAGAGCGAGCGUCGUCGCCCUUGCUACGGCGUCAUUGCUGAUGGUAUCCAUCUGCACCCUACCUCGAUCAAGAUCGCCUACAAUGCACACCCGGAUGGCCUCAUCCUGGUCACUGAUGCCAUGCGUCUGUGUGGUCUGCCCGAUGGUGUCUAUGAGUGGACCAACGGAGAACGCAUUGUCAAGACCGGUGCCCGUUUGACCCUGGAGGGAUCCGAUAAGAUUGCUGGAAGCUCUGCGACCCUCAUCGAGUGUGUCAACAAUUUCCGUCGCUGGUCUGGUGCGUCUACUGCGGAUUCCAUUAACGCUGUCACGGCUACCCCCGCGCGCCUGUUGGGUCUGGAGGGUGUCAAAGGAUCCCUCGAGAGUGGAGCCGAUGCCGAUCUGGUCGUGCUGGGCGAGACCAACGAUCCAUUCUCUGGCAACACACUCACCGUUGACCAGGUGUGGAAGUUCGGUGUUAAGAUCCAUGACACUGAUAAGACUGCGGCUGUUUAA